CAGAAAAACAUGGACAACUCUAGAAAGCAAGGUGCAAAGCGUAGACGUAGUACUCCAAGUUACAAUGGAGCAUCAAACAAUGGAUCUCCAUCAAGAUCGUUUUCCUCAUCUUCUUCUUUGGAAGACACAUCUUUGACAAGUAUAAAAUCAGAACAUUCAGACGGAAGAUCAAUCAGUUUCAAUUGGACAAAUACAGACUUUGAAGAAGAUUGUGGAAUUUACUACGAUAUAAACAGUUCCCCAAUAAGCAACUUAUUUACUUUACUAUCAAAUAUGGCAGAAAAAAGGACAAUAAUUCCUAGAAUUUGCUUGAAUGAUUUGCCAGAGAUAGUAAAAACCUUGGUACUUUUGACAAAAGAAAAAUUGGACUUCUCGUUAAAUGAUUGUGAUGGUUACACUUACAAAAGUCACAUAGAGCGUGCAGAGGCUAUUGAUGAAGCUAAGAGAGCUUGUCAACAUUUUUUGUCUUGUUUUAAUGAUAUUGAAGAAUUGAUAAGCUCAUUGCCAGAUAUUGAUAAAAGAUGUAUUUACCAGUACUAUAACAGUGCACUUGAGUUUUUACAGUUUAGUCUACCUAUGUUUCUGUCAAAGAAGUAUGAUGAUGUAGGAAAAGAAGAUUUUCAGUGGCUAUUUACCAAAUUUUCAGAAAUAUUCCUUUUGAAACCUCAACCAGGAGAUCUUUGCAAAAGAAAAAUGAAGAUAAAGAGAGAAUAUGAGAUUGAAUGUGAGGCAGACAUUAGAUUUACAUGCCAUCAUUCACCUGUAUGUUAUAGUCCAUCUACAUGUUGUGUUGUUAUGGUAACAGAAAUUGCAAAAGUUAACACAAAAUCAAGUGGAAAGGGAGAAAUAGAUAUUCAUUCACUGUCUGAUAAAGUUUUAGGCCAGAUGGUAGUAGAUUUAUUAUUUGAAAGUGAAUUCUCCAUCUUUUAUCCUGGUGUAAUUGGAAUGUUGUGUAUAGGAACAAAGUUAAUUUUCCUGUACUGUGAAAUUCCUGGCACCAAAUUGCUGGCCAUGAAGAAAAAUGGAAAACUUGAAGAAACUGAGAAAGCUAACAUUCAGUUCACAAGAGCAUUUGAUUACCUGGUAGCAGACGACAGGAAUGACAUCCUGGACUAUUUAUUCUGGCUUGGAUACAUACAGUCAUCAGGAUAUUUUAAUCAGUGACUAAUGUCGG